AUGGAUCAGAUUAACUUCGAGAGUUUGAGGGAGCUACACGACUGCGCAAACUAUCUUCUUGAUCACUGUCCGAAAACAAGAGAAUCUCUGUCUCAACAAGGACAAGAGAAAUGGACGGAACAAGUUUCAGAAGCUUCACUGAGGAUGUUAGACAUCUGUAACGUAUCCAAAGAUGUGAUGACGCUAGUGAAACACAGCUUGCAAGAUCUACAACUGACUCUACGUGGCAACGAAUCAUCAGAUGUCAACGAGAAGAUCGCUGCGUAUUAUCGGUUCAAGAACAAGCUCAAGAAGGAGACACUGAAAUGCUUAAACUGUUUGAAGAACAUGAAAGGAAGCAGCGGAGGAGGAGGAAGAGAGACGACGAUGCCAAUAGAACAUAACCUUUUGUUUGUUGCAGAGGUUUUGAAGGAAGUGAGAGUAGCUGUUGUGAGCAUGGUUGAGUCUUUGUUCUCGCUUGGUUGUAUUCCUUGGCUAGAAAAGAGUUCGAACAAAGGAUCAUUGAUGUCUUCGAUCUUUACCAUUCGGUCUUCUGAUUGGUUAGAUGAUAUAUGGGAUGAGACCGCCGUUCAGAGCGCGACUACGAGGUUGGAAGCGGCGGAGAUUGCUAUAGAGCAGCUUGAGAUCGAGUUGGAAUCUUUUUUCCGGCGACUUAUUCACACACGAGUUUCACUUCUCAAUAUUCUUACCAGUUAG